GAGACUUUUAUUUUGAAAAGCCAGCGAUCACGAGCAUCAGGAGUUUCCGUCAAAUUUAAGAGCUACAGUGCCGCCUACUCUCCUCCGCUAAAGGUGAUUUCAACCGCAUUUUUUAGCGCGUCUGUCAUUAUUAUUUCCAUAUACGUUAUAAAGCUACUAUGACUAUCGUGUAGGCUACAGUAAGAGUAAGGCAGCUCUGACAGUAAAUCGAGUUUGCCGUCCUGCCCUAGACCGAGAGAUUUUCAGACACAGUCCGAAAAUUAAAAACUUGUUUCAAAUUGUUGCAAUAGAGUAAAAUCUGCCUUCUUUAACCAACGAUUAUAGCGAAACACCAGCGUAGGAACUUUCCUAACACAGAAAUGUCACCGUGUGGCGCUCCCGCCCUGAACCGGAAGUUGUGAAGUAGACAAAGCGCGGACGCGGCUUCGGGGAGACGGUCGUCGCUGGACCAAUGGCAGCGUCGCUUCCCAGGUUGUGCGGUCUGUUCAAACGGGCCAUAACCUGCCACGUGGGCUGCGCGGGACGGCCGCAGCCUUUCCGGGGUCUGCUUGCCACAGCCGGGGGAAAGGCCACGGGGGGUCCGGCAUCGACCUCGGCUUGCAGGCUUAGCGUGCAGCAGGCGAUGGACCUCUGGAGACAGAUGUUUGAGCGGUCCGGUGUCUCCGAGCCAGCCCUCUCCAGCCAGUACAUCAUCGCGCACGUGAUGGGGGCCAAAACAAUUGAGAGCCUGGGGUCUCGGAGGCUCAGCGAGAUGCUGACGGAAAGGCAGGCGCAGUGUAUCUGGGAGCUGUGCCGCAAGCGUCUCUCCAGGAUGCCGGUGCAGUAUAUCAUCGAAGAGUGGGACUUCAGAGACAUCACUCUGAAGAUGAGGCCCCCAGUGUUCAUCCCACGCCCAGAGACGGAGGAGCUGGUUGGUUUGGUGCUGUCGGACCUGCUGGCCACUCAGGGAGCAGGUGUGGCUGCUCUGGAGGUGGGCUGUGGCUCUGGGGCCAUAUCUCUCAGUCUGCUUCACGCGCUUCCACAGCUCCAAGUCAUAGCCGUGGACAGGAGUCGGGACGCCGUGGCUCUGACCAGGGAAAACGCACACAGGUUAAGGCUCCAAGAUAGACUGGAAGUUCACCAAAUGGAUAUGAUUCUCGAUGCAGAGGACCUUCUGAGGGACUGGAGUCCCGUUGAUCUCCUGGUCAGCAACCCUCCAUACGUGUUCUCUCAGGAUCUGGCUGCUCUCGAACCCGAAAUCCUCAAGUUUGAGGACUCGGACGCGCUGGACGGGGGUGCUGAUGGACUCCGGGUUAUACAACAGAUUUUGACUCUGGCACCACACCUUCUGAAGGACGGGGGGAGGGCGUACCUGGAGACGGACCCUCGCCAUCCCCCUUUGAUCCGGCAGUACGUGGAGGAACAUGCGGCGGCUGGUUUGCGGUACCUUCGCACGCACCGCGACGUCACGGGGAGGCCACGCUUCAGCGUCUUGAAGAAAGAAGGAGCAGGGCACUGAAGACAACACGGAGACUGGGAGGGUCGGAUGAGUCAGGAUUCCCUUCUCCGGGGACUGCUGCUCUUCCGGCUCCUCGGGGCCCCGUGUAGGAAGUCUGCGAAACCCGGAACUUUGCCCCGCGUUCAGGGCCAUAGCAGCUAUGCUAGAAUCGAGAGCCAAAAGCAAGGCUGGGUUCCCGUGGCACUUGACGGGGGGCGGAGGCAGGGACGGGUUUUUGUUUUGGUGCCUACGCUCCAUCGGAGCCGACGUCAGUCGUUAAAAAAUAACCCGAAAAAACAUCGAGUCGCACCUCAGCCGCACUGUCUUUGAGCGUUUGUUCCCGAGUUCUGGCCUCGUUGUUGUCGUGGGGUUGCGCGGGUUGAAGGUUAACGUGUUUACGGCGAACAACAGGCUUCGAGUAGCGAGGAGCAGCGAAACAGAGCAGCGAUUCUUCUUAUCUCUUAUUUAUUCAGCUGUGUUUUGCGUUCUUCUCUGCGAGGGACAAACAUUAUGUAACGCUCUUCAGUUGUUCUUUCUUAAAUCA